AUGUUGCUGCUGCUGCUUUUGGUGCUGCUGCCUUUGGCAGCAGCAGCGAGUUGGCUGCUGCGGCGGCCGAGUCGGCUGACUAGACAAGCUGCAGCGCAGCAACAGCAGCAGCAGCAGCAGAAGCAGCAGCAGCAGCGACAGGGAGAGGUGCUGCAGGAGCAGCACCGGGACACUCAGCAGCAUCCGCACGACAAAGUGGCCUCCAGCAGCAGCAGCAGCAGCAGCAGCAGCGCCAACAGCAGCAGUGGCAAGGCUCGCAGGCGCCGCUCUGCAGCAGCAGCAGCAGCAGCAGCCGAGGACGCAUGCUAUGGCAGCAGCCGAGGCGAAACAGACUCUUCACAGUCUGAAGCAGAGGAAGACUCUCUGCAGCAGCAAAACAGCUCAGCAGCAGCAUCUUCUGCUGCUGCUGCCCGUGCUGCUGCUGCCAGGGCGGCAGCAGCUGCAGCAGAUGCAGCAGUGAAAGCAGCAGCAGAUUUGGGCCCCUACAAGCUGCAGCCGCAGUGCGAGGCCGCAGACACGGGUGAGCAAGCGCAGCAGCAGCAGCAGCAGCAGCAACAGCAGCAGCAGCAGCAGCAAGACUGUGCUGCACACAACUCGCCCAGCAGCGCUGCUAGUGCAGCAGCACGUGUGGCGCACAGCCUCGCAGCAGCAGCAGAGGCAGCAACAGCAGCAGCAACGGCAGAAGUGGCGGCAGCAACUGCAGCAGCAGCAGCAGUAGCAGCAACGAAUGCAGACGAAGUUGCUGCUGAGGCAGAGGCCAUUGUUAUGGAAGCAGCAGCCACGCAGGGUGCUGCUGCUGCUGCUGCAGUCGCUGUUGCUGCUGAGUCUGCUGUUGCUGCUGUUGACGCCGCCUCCGAUGCUGAAGCAGCAGCCGGACAAGCGGCAUCAACAGCAGCAGCAACAGCAGCAGCAGCAGCAGCAGCAGGGAUGAACCUUCCAGUUGCUGCACAGACUGUUGCUGCUGCUCAUGCUGCAGGAGAAGCAGCAGCAGCUGCAUCUGUCGCAGCUGAAAGCAUCCAAGCAGCUGCUGAGGCAGCAGCAGCAACUGCAGCAGCUGCUGCACACGCAACUGCAGCAGCAGAUUCAGUUGCCUCUGUAGCUCGCGCAGCAGCAGCAGCACAAAGCCCGGCUGCCGCUCCUGCUGCUGCCCUUUCGGAGGAUGCAGCAGCAGCAGCAGCUGACACAGCAGCAGCUGACGCAGCAGCAGCUGACGCAGCAGCAGUUGACGCAGCAGCAGCUGACGCAGCAGCAGCUGACGCAGCAGCAGCUGACGCAGCAGCGGCUGACGCAGCAGCAGCUGACGCAGCAGCAGCUGACGCAGCAGCAGCAACGCCAGCAGCAGCGGAGGAGCUCGCAGAUGCAGCAGCAGACGCAGCAGCAGCCGCAGAAGCUGUGCAGCCGCUUGCUGCGGCAGCAGAAAACACAGCAGCAGCAGCAGCAGCAGCAGAUGCAGCGAUUGCUGCUGCAGCAGCUCCCGCCGCGGAUAUGGAGCCUGACGCUGCCGCGGAUGUAGCAGCAGAAGCAGCAGAUGCAGCAGCAGCAGCAGCAGCAGCAGCAGCAAAGAGCACAGCUGAGCUGCUGAGUGGAGUGACACUCAUAGGGGAUGUCCGUUGCGAAGACGAGCAGCAGCAGCAGCAGCAGCAGCAGCAGCAGCAGCAGGAAGCAGACACAGACUCAACGCAGCCUUCCACUGCAGCAACGGAGGCCCCGCUGCCGCACGCAGCCGAGGCAGCAGCGGAGCCAGCAGCAGCAGCAGCGGACGCAGCAGCAGCAGCAGCAGCAGCAGCAGCAGCAGCAGCAGCAGCGCCGCGGUUCGAGGAGCUGGACGGAGAGGAAGCAGAGGAGCAGCUGACAGCAGCAGAACUGAAAGAAAGGGGAAAUUGUGAAUUCAAAAGUGGAAAAGUUUCUGCUGCGCUGCAGUUGUAUGCAGCAGCAAUUAACAAAUUAGAAAAAGAAACUGAAGAAGUGGAGGCCCAGCUAGACGCCCUCGAGAUCCGCGCGGAGCAGCAGCAGCAGCAGCAGCAGCAGCAGCAGCAGCAGCAGCAGCAGCAGCAGCAGCAGCAGCAGCAGCAGCGGUGCGAGGAGGAGCAGGGGCAGCAGGAGGCGGGGGGAGAAAAUGGCGAGAAAGAACAGCAGCAGCAGCAAGAGGAACAGCAGCAGCAGCAAGAGGAACAGCAGCAGCAGCAGCAGCAGCAGCAGCAAGGGGAGCAGCAGCAGCAGCAAGACCCGCGGGAGCACCCUGCUGCUCAUUUGCUGCCAGAGAAAGAUUUGCUGCUGUACCGGCAGCUGCUGCAGCAGGUGCAGAAGCUUGACGAGAUGCAUGCAGUUCUCAAGAGCAACAGGCAAGCUGCUGCUGCUGCUGCUGGAGCUGCUGCUGCUGCUGCUGCUGCUGCGCAUGAGGCUUUGUGCCAUCUGCACUACGGGGCGUUUGACUUGGCCGUCGCGGACAGCACAGACGCCAUCCGCGCAAACCCUAACUACGCAAAGGGUUACUUGCGGCGCUUCCGGGGCUAUGAGGGGAAGAAGAAGUGGCAUGAAGCCCUCAGCGAUUUAAACAAGGCCAUCGAGCUGGACCCCAAACUAGCGGAGAGUUACGGGUCGGAGCUGCGUCGCGUGAAGCGCGAGAGCGAGCAGCAGUUCGAAAAAGAAAAAGAAGAAAUGAUUUCAAAAUUAAAAGAUUUGGGAAAUUUCGUUUUGGGAAAAGUUGGAUUAUCUUUGGACAACUUCAAAGUCGAACAAAACCCUCAGACCGGCAGCUACAACAUCCAGCUCUCCCCAGCUGAGCAGCAGCAGCAGCAGCAACAGCAGCAGCAGCAGCAGCAGCAGCAGCAGCAACGGCAGCAGCAGCAAGAACAGCAGCGUGGGGAGCAGCUUUUGCCUAUCUCAGCAUCCAGGGAGAAAUGCAAAGCUGAGGGCUGA